AUGGCCCUAUACGGGCCCCCAUCUGGGCGGACUCACUGUGCAGACGGGAGAACGCUGCUGCCAUCCGCAGGCCACAAAGGGCCAUUGCAUAGCGGGUCGCAAACGCCUAUCGCACAGUGGGUUUUGCGGCGGCGUGCGCUCUGGCGGGAACCUUGGGAGCUCGAGGCUUGGGUGCUCGUCAGGGUGUACGACUGGACGGCGGGGCAGAGGGCGCUCAACAAGCGUCCCGCCCCAAUAGAACGCGAGGAAGUGCAUGAGGAGGCGAGGGAGGCAAUAACUCAGCAGUGGGCCGAAGAUCUCGCCUCUGCAACGUUCGGCCGCCAGACGCUAGACGCCAUCGGGCCCAUCCCCAAGGAUUGGCUCGAUCGGCGACAUGGUUGCCUCUCCCUGCGUCUGGUGCAGGUGCUGUCCGGGUAUGGUUGUUUGGGAUCGUACCUGCACUGGAUUGGGAGGGAGGAGACUCCGCAGUGCCACCACUGCGAAGCCGCGGUGGACACAGCCAAGCACACCUUGGAGGUGUGUCCAUCGUGGGACGCACCCCGCCGCACCCUGAUGUCAGCGGGCGGAGACGACCUCUUACUCCCCAGCGUGAUUGCUAACAUGCUGGGGAGUGCGGAGGCAUGGGAAGGGGUAGACUCCUUCUGUGAGAUCGUCAUGUCACUAAAAGAGGCAGCGGAGUGCAUGCGGGAGGACGACCCUCUCGCGGCGCCGUUCCGCUGA